GCAGCCAGACGACAACAAGCAUCGCACGAGCCUCAGACAGCGCGAGCCUCUCUCACAGAUAUACAGACUGACUGAAGCAAUGCCUGUGGCCUCAACCAGGACAGAGCCUGGGUCUCAGGUGUUGGAUGCGAUGAGUGACACCACCACCAGCUCCACCACGGCCAACGACCUGGACCUGAUCUACCUUAAAGGCAUCAUGGAGAGCCCUGUGGAGCAGGAGAAGAGUCUGAAGGAGGCUCGCCCCUCUCCAGUGAGAGAGAACAACAUGGAGCUGCUGCAGGAAAUCCUCAGUGAGCUGGAUCCAUUCAAACAGAACUGCAACACAGCAGCAGAGCUCACACACAUCCUCACACAGCCUCACUUCCAGUCUCUGCUGGAGACUCACGACUCGGUGGCGGCUCAGGCCUGCGACAGCCCCCCCCCCAGCCCAUGUGACUUUGUGGACCAUGAAGAAGACGAGGAUGAUGAUGAAGAUGAUAAUGAAGGCCCAACAAACAACCGGCACCCCCCACCGGAAGCCAUCCGCAUGGUGGGGAUACGCAAAGUGGCCGGAGAACACCUGGGAGUGACGUUCAAAGUGGAGGGGGGAGAGCUGACUAUAGCUCGUAUCCUUCAUGGAGGAAUGAUCGACCAGCAAGGACUGCUGCACGUCGGAGAUGUCAUCAAAGAGGUGAACGGGCGGGAGGUGGGUCAGGACGCCAGGGUUCUGCAGGAGGAGCUUCAGGCCACCAGUGGGUCUGUGGUUCUGAAGAUCCUGCCCAGCUACCACGAAGCCAUCCCACCCAGGAAG